AUGAGCAUUCAUUUGCGGUCGCCAUUGGCCAACACCAACAAGACAAAUACAGACCUCAGUCCAUACAAGGACAAGAAAGGGUCAUCAGAUUUGGACCAACUCGCAUGGGAACUCAAAAUCGCCGAGCUUUCUCCCAAAAAAAACGCAUUCCGCCCAACGUUCGAGACGGAAUCGGCAAUCAUCUCAAGCUUCAAAAGCCCGAACUCCAGAAGAUCGCCUUUUGUUUCUGGACUGGAUCACACAGACAAAAGCGCCUCAUCUCCCAUUAAAGCAGACAAGUCGGCCGGAUACGAAUACCUCUGUCGAGUGCAGGCCAUCAAACAAUGGCUCGAGACUGUGCUACAGAUAGAAAUCAAGCAGAGCCCGCUAGAACUCAUCAGUUACAUCCGCAAUGGAAUCUACCUAGCCAUGUUGGCUAACAAGUACUUGCCAAGUAAACGUAGCAUAUAUACCAACGAUUCGAAGCUAGAUUUCCGCCACACUGAGAACAUAAAUAGCUUUUUCCGCCUUCUCAAGUAUUUGGAUGUGCCUCAGUUAUUCUUCUUCGAGCUCACGGAUCUUUUCGAUGGUAAGGAUAUUCCCAAGGUGUGGUACUGUCUUCAUGCAUUGAGCUACAAAAUCCACAUGGUGAGUCCAGAGAGCGCACUCAUACAGAAUCUUGUCGGUGCUGUCGAGUUCCUGGCAUCUGAUGUGGCCACUGCUAAUCGCAUACUAAUGGGCCGCCAGCUUCCCGGUUUUUCCAGCAUCGACAUCAGUUGCUUCAGCUCGCCCGUCAAAAAUAGCUUCAUGAACAAGGCGCUCAAUUUGCAUUCUCCCACGAAACCUUCACUCACUCCAAUUCCUAAGGCGGACGAUACCUUAAAGUUCGACACUAAAAAAUGGAACCUGAAUUUCGAUAAAGAUUCCAAUUCUAUUGAUACCCCAUCGAAGCCAUCAAAUCAGAAAGUCGCUCGUAAGCUAUUCGACGAAUACAGUAGCCUGCCUUCGCAAAAUAUCACUGUGAAGCCCCAAUCCACAAGUUUGCAAACACACUCCAGCGAUGUGGUCUACUUGCAAGCCUUGUCCAGAGGAUCUUUGCUUAGAUACAAAAUGUUUGUUGACAAGAUUAUGUUAAGAUCUUUCGCUCCAGAGCUCGAACAGUUCGUGUCAAUAGUGAGGGGAUACCUAGCGAGAAAAAGAACAGUUCACAAACAUCGUGGAGAUGUGGAGCUUUUCAAAACCGACAUCAUUUACUUGCAGGCUAUUGCGAGAGGAGUUUUGUUACGGUCAUCCUCAAGGUUUGAUGACAACUCUCUGCGCAUGAACCAAUUCAAAGCCAUAAUUCGCGGCCAAAAUCUCCGCCAUGAAGUGGGCAAAAUCGCUGCAGUUUGCAAGGCUGAGGAAAAGCAGAUAGUUCUCUUGCAGAGCAUCAUUCGUAGGAAAACAAAGGAGCGCUUGGUUUCCCUUACUCUCAAUAACAUAGAUAUUGUGAACCUGAUGGCCAUCUCACUCCAGAGUUUGGCGCGUGGUGUGAUCUCUCGCAGAGGAACCAAUUGCUUCAAGGCUUUCGAUCAUGAUCAAGCGCCGCUUAUUUUCUUGCAAGCCAUUUCAAGAGGAGCUCUUGCAAGAAAUAGGGUUCGGAACAUUCUCAGACAAUCAUACCAUUCUUUCCGUGAGAUUGUUGACUUCCAGGCAGUAGCUCGUGGUGCUAUCUUGAGAACAAAGCUUUGUAAUUCUGUCCUAGUUUCUCUUAUUGAUGAAGACCCAAAAAUGAAUUUGUUGUUUGCUAAGGUCAGGGGAAACAAUGCCCGCAAAGAAUACAAUCAAACUCAAGUGGAAUUGCUCCAAUCAACAGAUUCUUUUAUAAAGGUUCAGGCACAGUUUAGAGGUGUUUUGCUCAGAUUUAUUGUUGAGGAAAGACUAGAAUAUCUCUACAAUCCAGAUUGCAUAUUUUCCAUCAUGUCUUUGCAGUCGGCUAUACGAGCCAGUAAAGUGCGUAGAUCCGUCCGGGCCAUGACUGAUUAUUACCAUGAGAACGAAGAGAAAGUCAGGAUUGCACAGCGUUUGUUGCAAAGAGCUUUUGCCCGUAAUGCUUACAAAUCGUUGGUGAAUACUAAAAACCCGCCCAUUUCUGUGAUCAGAAGAUUUUCGCAUCUUCUCUUCAAUCAAAACUUCGACUUGGCCGAAGAUUUGCGCUUGAAUCAAGCCAAAGAUCAAAUGAUCGACCUCUGCAAACAAAAUGAAGAUUUGGAGCAUCAAAUUGACAACCUAGACAUCAAAUUGGGACUUCUAGACAAGAAUUUGAUUUCAGCUGACGAGUUUGUCAAACAGGAACCAAAAUUUUCUGUAAUUAAGCCAGUGAGCAAAGCUGUCUCUACUCCUUACAAGACAGCGUCUCUUACCAAUUCCUCAAAGCAGAGAUUGGAAAUAUAUCAAUCCCUCUUUUACAUUUUGCAAACAAAUCCAAUUUACUUCUCGAGAUAUUUGAAAUCAAUGCGCCUUCAUGAUGAAGAUUUGAGUUCUGAUUUUGUGAAUCUUAUCAUGUGCCUCUUUCCGUCCAGAAAUGAUGCAAAGUCCGAAUCCGUGCGCGAAGAGUAUUACUUUGUGAAAUUUAUUUGCGCGGUAAUGAAGGUAGACUUCACUUUUUGCUCUCAUAAUAUUGCUGAUAUUACAAAGAUCAAGUGCUCAUACUGGAUUAAAUUCUUUCUCAAAUAUAACAACCACACUAAGAAUAGGAAGCUCUUAGUUGGUAUAUUUGGCAAGCUCCUCAAACUGUUGUGGGAAGACAAUGAGGUGUCAUUCGAAUCUGAUCCAUCUGUCAUCUAUUCCCAAAUUCGGGAGAGAGAACUCAAAGUGCAUGGCUCCUCUGAGAAGCAUGAGAAAAUAGUUGCAAGCGAUGCAAUUGCUGAAGACGAUGUGUCUGACAAAUUUGUGCAGAACUUGAUGCAAUUACGAGAUGCAACCUCCGACUUCCUUGGUCUUUUCCAGAGUAGUAUCCCAAAUAUGCCAAACUUUGUCAGAUUGAUUGCAAAAAACGUCUACAACUCUUCGAGGAUGAACUUCCCUGAGCAUCCAGAGCAAAUGCAUCUAUCAGUGGCAGGUGUAGUCGUGGUGAAACACUACAUCUCAACAGUUUUGCACUCGCCGCAACUUUACGGAUUUCAAAAAAAUUCUCAUGAAUCUAGCUUUGGCUCGGAGAACUUCAUUCACUUGAGCAGAGUCUUACUUCAAAUGUUCUCCAUGAAACCCUUCAAAGAUAACUUUUUGAAGCCAUUGAAUGACUUUGUCGUCUCUCAUCAAAAUACUAUCAAGAUGAUUAUUCGAGAAAUCAUUGAUAUUAAUGAUGCGGAUACAGUCUAUGCGGUAAACGAUUUCAAAGAUCUUGUGUCGACUGAGAAGCCAAUGCUUAAAUUCAGUGUGAGAGAUAUGAUUACGAUUGAUAGAACUGUGACAGAUAAUCUCUCUAUUUUUGCACCCAAUCUGGAUGACUUGUUGCAUGAAGUGGUCGCCCGAUUGAAUGAGGUUUUGAAUAGUACCAAAGACUUCGUCCAACUCGCCGAGUUGGGAGAGUAUCCACUUACUCUUGUCCCAGCAAGUAAUGUGGAUACAAUUGAUGAGAGCAAGAAGAAGAUGCUUUUAUCCCAAGCCAAGUAUUAUUUGCUUUUCUUGAUAAGUGCGCAAGAUGGAGAUAAUCUCCUUGAAAUGCUCAUUCAAGGAAUCACGCCUUCUCAUGAGAAGAGAUUCGAGGCUAUUUGGGCGUCAGAGGCUGAGACAAGGAUUCAAGUGAAUUCACUGCUUGACAAUGGACCUCUUGCCAGUGUUCCGGCUGAAAUGACCUUAAGCGAACUCAAGCAAAAGCUCCUACAAAUUUUGAUUCAGCUCGAAAACAUGGGAGAGAUUUCCCGCAGAAACUCGUAUCAAGAUCUUAUAAAUCUUUUGGUUCUCGAUAUGAAAACAAGAAACCUCCAGCGUGAAUUCACCAAAAACCAGCUACACUUUGCUAAUGAUACAAUUGCAAAGCUACAAAAGAAAAACAAAGCUUUGGAGAAACAAUUGUCUGACUACAACAGCCACAUCGAUAGCAUGCUUGAGUCUCUACAGCUGAGACCAAAAGAGAAGAAGUUUCUCAACAUAAUCCCAGUGUUCAGCAAGCAGUACUUCUAUUAUCGUCAGCUAAAGAAGAAUAAUUGUCUUCCAAAAUUCGGCUCAUACAAAAUCUCAGCAAAGAAAUUGUUGGACCAAACUGUCAUCACAAAGAUUAGUCCAGAAUUCUACAAAAAAGUUGCAGGAUCAACAAAGUUGGAAUUCAAGUUCAGUUGCCACAAGGUGGGUAUUUUCACACUUGAAGCUGCGGUUUCGUCUGUAAACAUUCCCGGAGCUUGUCAGAUUGUCACAUUAGACAACAUUCUCGAUAGACAACAAGAAAAGAUCAAGGACUGGCCGUUAUUCGACAAAAUGGUUACUUUCCAUACAGACAAUUUGGCGACAAUGAUCUUUAAGCAUUUCUACGAGGUUGGCUUGAAGUAG